UCCUAGGCCCUUUCCCGCUGGCUCCACUUCGCUCCGCCAUUUCCUUCCCCCAACCACCUCCGCGCUCACUCCCUCCUCUCCCCGACACACCUCCUUAACUCGCCUCCGAUUCCAAGAAAUUCUCCUGUAAAUUAACCGACGAAUUGCGCCCGGAUCUCCACCCGAAUCCCUGGACCUGCUCGCCGACCCAGCGCGGUCGGCUCCGUCUCCAGCGGGAGGUUGGCCCGCAUUGCGGCGGGGCGUCGCCGCCGCACGGGGCUCGUUCGUCCGUUCGGCGGUCGCUUUCGGGUGGCCGGGGCCGAUCGGAGCCAGCGUCGCCCGAGCAAUGUGGUCGGCUUGUGGACCUGUUUGAGGCGCGUCGCUGGGAUCUGGGUGUGGAAGGUGGGGGCCGAGCCCUGUCGGUGGGGAGUUGGUGGCGGGUGUAGCGCGCGCCUCGGGCUGGGGUUGCGAGGAUGGAGCAAGUAAUCGGGGGCAAGUUCAAGCUCGGGAAGAAGAUCGGGAGUGGAUCCUUCGGGGAGCUCUACCUCGGCGUAAACAUACAGAAUGGUGAGGAGGUGGCCGUCAAACUGGAAUCGGUUAAAUCACGGCAUCCUCAGCUUCACUAUGAAUCAAAACUAUACAUGCUUUUGCAAGGGGGGACUGGAAUUCCACAUCUGAAGUGGUUUGGAGUGGAGGGGGAGUACAAUGUCAUGGUGAUUGAUCUGCUUGGUCCAAGCCUUGAAGACUUAUUUAACUACUGCAACAGAAAGCUCUCUCUUAAAACAGUACUAAUGCUUGCUGACCAGAUGAUCAGUAUAGUAGAGUACAUGCACACGAGGGGGUUUCUUCAUCGUGAUAUUAAGCCCGACAAUUUCCUUAUGGGUUUAGGACGUAAAGCAAACCAGGUGUUUGUCAUCGACUUUGGCCUUGCAAAAAAGUACCGAGAUCUCCAAACUCAUAAGCACAUACCAUACAGGGAAAACAAAAAUCUCACAGGGACGGCACGAUAUGCCAGUGUGAAUACCCAUGUUGGAGUAGAACAAAGCAGGAGAGAUGAUCUUGAAUCUCUUGGUUAUGUUCUGAUGUAUUUCUUAAGAGGAAGUCUUCCUUGGCAAGGUCUCAAAGUUGGCACAGAGAAGCAAAAGUAUGAUAGAAUCAGUGAAAAGAAAAUGCUGACCCCAGUUGAGGUCCUCUGUAAAUCUUAUCCGUCAGAGUUUACUUCGUACUUCGAUUACAGUCGGUCACUACGAUUUGAAGAUAAACCAGAUUAUUCCUAUUUGAAGAGACUCUUCCGUGACUUAUUUAUCCGUGAGGGGUACCAGCUUGAUUAUGUAUAUGAUUGGACCACUAUGAAGUAUACUCAGUUUAGAGAUAAAAACAAACUUCAGUCUAGCGGAAAGACAAGUGGGUUGGCCGGCCCUUAUGCAGAACGGACUGAAAGAACUGCAGUUGAAGCUCUGACCAGAAGAACUGGGUCUGGCACUGAUCACAAUGGAAAACAUACCAAGCACAGAAGCCUUCUAGAUUCAUUGAUGCCAUCCAAGGCGACUGUUGAUUCAGAUAAAACAAGGCCAUCGUCAUCAUCUCGGCAUGGAAGCUCGUCAAGAAGAGCUGUCCUUUCAUCAAGCAAACCAAGCUCUUUUGGAGAUCCCAGUGACCCAAAUCGCACAAGCCGCCUAAUUUCUAGUGGCAGCAGCCACCCAUCGACUGGCCAAAGGGUACACCAUUCAGGUGGCUCUGAGAUCAGGUCCUCAUCUUUAUCCAAAACCGGAAGGAAUUGGCAUGAAGAUACCGUAAGGAAUUUCGAGCUGCUCACAAUUAGUGAUGACAGGAGGAAAUAAGGAACUGACGAAAUGGUGCUACGGGCAAAAGGGUCUUGAGGAUGAGGUUGAGGAUGGAGGGCAGCAGUGAACGAGUGGUGUUAUGAGCAGCAGCUCCAGUAUUUGUACCUUGAAAUAUUCUUCUCGAAAUAAAACAGAUGAUUCGACUCA